UUUUGUCUUCGUGGGAACUUCAAACGCAAACCGAACGACGGUUAAGCCAAACCAAACGCAAAGGCUUGGUUGCUGGGUGCGUGUGUUUAUAUCAGAAUCACACUCGUUGAAACAAAGCGUAAUACUCACUCACACACUGUCUCCAACAAUAGUCACCACCAACAAAACGACAUCACUCUGAUUGUGAUCCCCUGUCUCUUUAACGUGAAAAAUGCUGCAAACGGUUCCGCCCAGAGAAGCCAUCCACGGCGGCUUCGGUGGACGGACGGUGGUGGUCGGAAUUAAGAUGGACUCUCCCAGCAAAGAAUUGCUCACGUGGGCUUUGGUCAAAGUUGCUCACCCUGGUGAUACCGUCGUUGCUCUGCAUGUGCUUGGGAACAAUGAUAUUGUUAAUGGAGAUGGAAAAUCGUCUCUGCUUUCGCUUGUCAAGGCAUUUGACUCUGUUCUUGCUGUCUAUGAAGGAUUCUGCAAUUUGAAGCAGGUUGACCUCAAGCUCAAAAUUUGCCGCGGUUCAUCAGCGAAGAAAAUUUUGGUUCGAGAAGCAAAUGGUUAUUCUGCAACUCAUAUUGUCGUUGGAACUGCUCAAGCCCUCCACAAAAUCCGGUCAUCUACCUUUGUAGCUAAGUACUGUGCUAAAAAGUUGUCCAAGGAUUGUUGUGUUCUUGCUGUUAACAAUGGAAAAGUUGUGUUCAAGCGUGACAACUCGCCACCAAAUGUUGCUGACUUACAAGGGAUUGAUCAUCAUCACAGAAAUGGUUUGCUUGCUUCAAUUCAUUGGACACUCAGUAAGAGUACUAAAGUACUAAGUGAGGAUAAUCCAGGGAUGGAUGCUUCUGAGAAAACUCGCCAAAUUUCGGAUCACAGUUUAGCUAAGUUUUUUCUGGAUUCUACAGACACUGUUAGAAAACAGAACUGCUCAAUUUGUGGCACAACCAUGGCAUUGCCAGACACUUCUUGCCACCAAUCUGCAGAAGGGUCUAAUGGUGAUGAGAGUAGAGAGAAUUCUUUGGCUAUAGUGCCUGUGCAAACCACUGUUGCAGCACAACCGGAAUUGAAACCAGGUUGGCCACUACUACACCGGAGAAUUUUAUCAGAUAGGCAAUCUGCUGAUAGAUCAUUGGUGCGCCAACAGAUCUCUGUGGUCCAGUGGGCAAUGAGGUUGCCCUGCAGAAAUAUUUCAUAUGUUGCAGAUCAUGAUAAAAAAUCUAACAUUUGUGAUCAAGGUCAAGAUCAACCUGCGGCUUUAGAUAGUGAAAGUGGUGCUCUUGUUCCCGUAGAUGCUGAAAUAGGGACUGCUUCUUCGCCUGAACGCAAUUCAAGAAGCAUUCCUAAAGAAUUGGAGGGCCUUCAUGAUAAAUACUCGUCAACUUGCAGAUUGUUUGAGUACCAAGAACUUGUAUCAGCAACAUCAAAUUUCUUGCCUGAAAAUUUGAUUGGGAAAGGAGGAAGUAGUCAGGUUUAUAGAGGCUGCCUUCCCGAUGGGAAGGAGCUUGCCGUCAAGAUCCUAAAACCUUCUGAUCAUUUAUUGAAGGAGUUUCUCUUGGAAAUAGAAAUUAUCACUACCUUGAAUCACAAAAACAUUAUUUCCCUCCUGGGAUUCUGCUUUGAGAACGGAAAUCUUCUUCUGGUCUAUGAUUUCUUAUCAAGAGGAAGCCUCGAAGAGAACCUUCAUGGGAAAAAGAAAAAUCCACUUGUGUUUGGUUGGAAUGAAAGAUAUAAGGUAGCAAAGGGUGUUGCUGAGGCUUUGGAUUAUUUGCAUUCUAAAGAUGAUCAGCCUGUGAUUCAUCGAGAUGUAAAAUCAUCAAAUGUGUUAUUAGCUGAGGAUUUUGAACCCCAGCUCUCUGAUUUUGGAUUGGCAAAAUGGGCAUCAACCUCGUCAUCACAUAUAACCUGUACAGAUGUUGCUGGAACCUUUGGUUACUUGGCUCCUGAAUACUUCAUGUAUGGCAAAGUAAAUGAUAAAAUUGACGUCUAUGCAUUUGGUGUCGUGCUCCUUGAGCUUCUUUCAGGGAGAAAGCCCAUAAAUGGUGAUUGUCCAAAGGGUCAAGAGAGUCUCAUUAUGUGGGCAAGUCCAAUUCUAAAUAGUGGAAAAGUGUUACAAUUGUUGGAUCCUAGUUUGGGUGAUAACUAUGAUCAUGAGGAGAUGGAAAAGAUGGUCUUGGCAGCCAGUCUUUGUAUCAGACGUGCUCCAAGAGCUAGGCCUCAAAUGAGCCUUAUCUCAAAGCUCCUUCAAGGUGAUGCCGAUGCAAUCAAGUGGGCAAGGUUAGAGGUUAAUGCUUUGGAAGCACAAGAAAUGCUUGAUGACGAAGCGUGUCCACCUAGUAAUCUACAGUCACAUCUUAAUCUUGCACUGCUUGAUGUGGAGGAUGACUCACUCUCCAUGUGCAGUGUUGAACAAGGCAUCUCAUUGGAGGACUACUUGAGAAGCAGGUGGAGCCGCACAUCGAGCUUUGACUGAGGAAACAACUAGCACAUUACUAGUAGAAGCUCUAUCCUCUUAUCUUAAUGCUUUUGUAGAUAAAGUGUUUUUGUGCCUUUUCUUCCAUUAACGUUGGCAUCUUCCGCGGGUUUUAUUAAACAAAUCUAGGAUGAGAGGUUGUUUGUGUGUGCCCUCCUCCUUUCCUUAAUAAUGAGGAAGCAACGCCUUAUAAUUUGUUUGGCGAGUUCCCCCUUUUUCAUUCUACUUGAAUUUGUGUCUUUCUUUUUUUUUUUUUUGGUCCUUGAUCUCAAUUCGAUCGAGGUUUGAAAUGUGUAAUGUAAAAUGAUGAACAUGUUGUACCUUAGAGCAUAAGGAUCAUUACUGUACAUCCUACUAAGGCAUAGCAAUUUCGUCCAUUGGUUUUUUUCAUUUCAAUGUGCUUUGGCUCGAAUAUCUAUUACCUUUCAAGUCCUCACGUAUAAUCCGUUUCUUUCUGCUGCAGUAUACUUGUCGGGUUAUGCAAAUAUAUAUGCUUUAUGAAAAUCCCUUUUAGCUGAAACAUAUUAUUUGUUAUUGAUUUCGAUAUUCUUUUGUGCUGUCAUGGAAAAAAAUGCACAGGUUUGUUUUUUUGCUUGGCUUUAUCAUUAUGCGCAUAAUUUUACUUGGGAAUGCAGCAGAUUAUGAGAGUUUUGACAAAUGCGACCGUAUAGUAUAGGUAUCAAUUGUCGUAUUGGUGAAGAGUGGCAACGACUAUGAACAUGACACAGGAGAAUUUAUACCAUUAGUCAUUACUAAAAUUAGAGUUUUGCUCAGUCCUAAGGGUCCCAUCUUCACAAAAUUCUUGCAAGUCUAUCUUCCAUUCAGUCUCUCUACUAUGCCUGUGGGAAUUGUGUCAAUACUUUGCCCAAAUGUCUCUUUAUCAUACAGUGAGCUUGCCAAGUCCUAGUUUGUUUUUCCGGUUAAAAAAUCAAUUCUUAUAUUUUCUAAUUAAAAAAAUACAGCUUUUAGUAAAACGUUACGAUUAAAAAUAAUUUUAGUAUAUAUUUUAAUUAUAUUCAACGAUUUAAAAUUAUUUUUAUCAAAUUUAAUUUUACUCAAAGGAACUAUUUUCAUGAUAAAUUUCGAAGAUGGCAAAUGACAAAGUAAUUAAGAGGAGUUUUUAAUCAGAGUAAUUUCAUUUUGGGUACAUGGUGGCUCGGAUGAUCCUCGCUUAUCCAUUAGACAUUUUGUCCUUGUUAUCCAGAAGCAACAUGUGUCUGAGAUUAUGUUUUAACUUGUGUACGUGUGUAUGUAUGAUGAAGUGGGGGUACUCUUAACCCUAUCAAUAACCCACUCUCAAGGGUGUCUACUAAGUAAAAAAUUUGAAGGGGAUGAUGCCCUUUCACGCAAUGUUUAGUAGCACCCUAAUAAAAGAGAGAAAAAGGAAACUUAUAAAUAAAAUUGAUUUAAGUCCCCAUAGUAUGGAUAGAAUGUACUCAAUUGUUUAUUUCUUAUUAUAAACAAAUAACGUGCAUGGGUAAAAUUGGAAAAGUGGUAUCCAUAGAAGAAAAUUUU